UGGUGGUUAAAGAAGUCCACUCCCAGUCACCCUGCUGGAGAAGGAAAGUGGGAGAAAUUAGAGCCAAAAGGAGGGCUUGGGGGAAGGCUGCGGAAGGGGGUGAUAAGGGCCUGUGUCCGGGAGGGAGACUGUUCACUGGGUCUCAGGAGUCCCUAUCAGGUUGGCACUUCCUCCUAUCCCCAUUCCCUUCCUGCCCCUGACCAGGCCCUCCCUAGAGCUGGAAGAAAGAAGGACCGAGUCACACCCUGGAAGCUCUGUGCCUUUGGAGGUUUUUCUGCCUGCCCGUCCUCAUGCCUCUCCUCCUCUUGCUGCUCCUGCUACCGAGCCUUUCACAUCCCUUUCCCACCUGUGAGGUCGCCAGAGUGGCCACCCAGGUGGAAGUGAACUGUGACAAUCAGGGUCUGAAGGCGAUGCCUUCAGAUUUGCCGGCAGAGACCACCAUCCUCCGCCUGGGCGAGAACCCCCUGCGCACCUUCUCCAUGGUGUCCCUGGUGCCUCUGACUAGGCUCACUCAGCUGCAUCUGGGUGACAGCCAACUGACCGAAUUGCAGGCCGAUGUGGAACUACCGCUGCUGGAGACCCUGGAAAUACCCAAUAACCAGCUGAAAAGCCUGCCCUCGCUGGGACAGACACUGCCAGCACUCACCACCCUGGAUGUCUCCUUCAACCAGCUGACCUCAUUGUCUCCUGGGGCCCUGGAUGGCCUCAGCCACCUCCAUGAGCUCUCCCUGCGGGGCAACAGGCUGAAGAGUCUGCCACCCCGGCUCCUGGCGUCCACGCCCCAGCUGAAGAAGCUCAAUCUGGCUGAAAACCGGUUGACGGAGCUGCCCCUUGAGCUCCUGGAUGGGUUGGAGGAGCUUGACACCCUCUACCUCCAAGGAAACUGGCUGCGUACAAUACCAGAGGGCUUCUUUGGAGAGCGCCUUCUGCCUUUCGCUUUUCUCCACAAUAACCCCUGGUUCUGUGACUGCAGCAUCCGUUAUUUCAGUCGCUGGCUGCGAGACAAUGCUGACAGUGUCUACUUAUGGAAGGAGGGUGAGGAAAACAAGGCCAUGACCCCCAAUGUGGAGAGCGUGCGAUGUGUCAAUAUGGCAACACCCGUCUCUGACUACAUAGGGAAGGACUGUGGCCCUCUCAAAAGUGUGGAUGGCCUAGACUAUGAUGUAUAUGACGAGGGCGCUACAAGUGAGAAGGUGCCUACCACGAGGACUGUGAUCGCCAGCACCAAAGCCCAUACAACUCACUGGGGCCUACGCUACUCAGAAUCUACUGCUUCUCCAGACAGCCAAAUGCCCUACUUGCCUCCAACUCGUGAGUCCACUAAGAAACAGACCACAUUUCCAACCACGUUAGAAUCCAUUACAUUCUCCCGCACUCCAAAACCCACGACUGAAACCACCAAAACCUCGACCACCCCAGAGCCCACCACAGCCCCGACCACCCCAGAACCCACCACAGCCCCGACCACCCCAGAGCCCACCACAGCCCCGACCACCCCAGAGCCCACCACAGUCCCGACCACCCCAGAGCCCAGCACAGCCCCGACCACCCCAGAGCCCACCACAGCCCCGACCACCCCAGAGCCCACCACAGCCCCGACUACCCCAGAGCCCACCACAGCCCCGACCACCCCAGAGCCCACCACAGCCCCGACUUCCCCAGAGCCCACCACAGUCCCGACUACCCCAGAGCCCACCACAGUCCCGACCACCCCAGAGCCCACCACAGUCCCGACUACCCCAGAGCCCACCACAGCCCCGACUACCCCAGAGCCCACCACAGCCCCGACCACCCCAGAGGCUACAACCCUGACCACCCCAAAACCCAUCACAACCCCGAGCACCCCAGAAACCACAACUCCAACCACCUCAGAACCCAUAACCUCAGAACCCAGCACACUCCAGACCACUUCAGAACUGACCACAGAACCCACCUCCCUCUCUCCCUUAAAAUCCACAACAAUCAUCUCUGACUUUUUCGACCCCGAAAAGGUCCGAGGACUGGCUCAAGGGAAUGUGGAUAGCUCCAGAAACGACCCUUUUCUCAACCCCGACUUUUGCUGUCUCCUCCCCCUGGGCUUCUACAUCUUGGGUCUCCUCUGGCUCCUGUUUGCUUCUGUGGUCCUCAUCCUGCUGCUGAUCUGGGUCUGGCACAUGAAAGCGCAGGCCCUGGACUUUGGCCAGCCUGUUGCCCUGACCACAGCCAAGCACACCACACAUCUGGAGCUGCAGAGGGGAAGGCAAGUGGCUGUGCCCCGGGCCUGGCUGCUUUUCCUCCAAGGAUCACUCCCAACUUUCCGCUCCAGGCUCUUCCUGUGGAUCCGGCCUAAUGGCCGUGUGGGGCCUCUGGUGGCAGGACGGCGGCCCUCAGCCCUGAGUCUGGGUCGUGGUGAGGACCUGCUGGGUACAGUGGGCAUUAGGUACUCUGGCCACAGCCUCUGAGAUUGGGUGAUUUGGGGACUUUGAGAGGCUCUGAUGGGCUUUCUUAUUGGG